AUGCAUUCAAACCGUGACUGUAAGGCCAAAAACAAUAACAACCCCUCUUCAUCUCGUCCCAUGCAACAGCAAUGGAGUGCUCCUGUAUUGCGUGUCAACUCUAAACCAACUCAACUAUCUGAUGCCGACAAGAUUCGAUUAUUCGACCAAGCUUUUUCAUCAAGAACAACUCAGUCAAAACCUGCCGCUUCGGCCAAUGCUGCUCUAGCAGUCGAGGAAGAAGUCGAGCAAGCUGAAGAUGAAGUUAUAAACCUUACCACUGCGUAUGCUGCAAUUGCAACGGAUUCUGUCAACAAAACGGAUUUCUUCAUGGACACCGGUUCGAAUAAGGACAUAUUCAAUGAUAUGAACAUCUUCAAAUCUAUUCACAAAAUUCGUCCAGUGAAAAUCAAAUCAGCAAACGGUGGAGAAAUGGUCGCUAAUCAAGCUGGAGAUGUCACUAUCACGACUUACGACUUCGACAAUGUCAAAUUUGAAACCACCUUGUCGGAUGUGCUAUACUGUCCAGAUAUAUGUGAUGAAUGGUGA